AUUGAAGCAGCAUCCUUCUGGGUUAGUUACCGGUUGCAAACAUGCUCAUGUUCGUGUUGCUUCUACAUUGACAACCUAAUGUAUGUGUUUGAUAAAAAAAUGACAACAUAAUGUAUAACUCAACUCUUAUCUGCUUUGAAUUAUCUGCACAAAUACUGAAGUUAUCCCUUCUUAUGCUUGAUGCUUUGUAGAGUGUUCUGUUUCAGAUAGAAGCGCGUCAAGUUGAAGAACUCCGGCUCUCCUGUCCUGAAAGGAAUGGAAGAUAGGAAGAAGAGGCCCAAUACUGAUUCGUAAUCGUGCAUGCACAUCGGCCCGGCCGGGCUACACAUGACCUAACGCAACUAAUCGGUCGUGUUUUCUUUCGUUUUGGCACAUGAAUGAGUGGGCAUCCUUUUCCGCUAUGCCAUCACCGCAAUUUGGACUUUGUUCUAUGCCAUCACCGCAAGUAUCACCAGGAAGCAGCCAAACAGCCAGUAUAAAUAGCCAUCCAUUCGGACUACAGACUAGGCGCAGGAAGUGAAGCUGCUUAACGUAGCCAAGUUCAUCACUGUGGUUCAUCCUUCUCGAUGGACUUGGACAUGACAAUGGCUAUGAACCAAGGAGAGCUCAUGCACAUCAUCUCACAACUCGAUGGUGCACUCACAAACCCAUCUUCUCCAUCCACAUCACCGCAGCCGCUUCCUUGGAAUCCAUUCGGUGGCACUACGCCUCGAGCUCCGCUUCAUGCGCCGACGCCGCCACCGGCCACCUUCGCGGCGGACCACGCCACGGCGCGCGACACGCUGUACCUCGCUGCGUCGAUGGGGGUACAGCUGGUGCCGGCCGGUGCGGACGUCGUGCAGGCGGCGCGGCCUCGGCAUCGGCGGUCUAGCACGCGCGUCUCGAACACGCCGCGGAGCUUGGCGGCGAGGCUGCGGCGGGAGCGCGUGAGCCAGCGCAUGCACGCCCUGCAGCGGCUCGUGCCCGGCGGCGUGGGGCUGGACACGGCGUCCAUGCUGGAGGAGGCCAUCCGCUACGUCAGGUUUCUCAAGGGUCACGUCCGGUCCCUGGAGCAAGCCGCGGCCGCAAUGCAUGGGCACGACCGCGGCGGCGACCACGUCGACGUCGACGGCGGAAGCUGCUACUCCUUCCCUUUUCUUGCCUAGAUGCAUCGGAGAUCGGAUAAAAAACUCGUGGAUCCACGUUGUUCAUAGGGUCGAGUCGAAGUUGUGACAGUGCCUAGGAUCGAUGCUGUCCAGAAUUCGUUGGACAGUGCCUAAUAGUAACAUUCGCUGUAAUGUACAGUGUACCGCCCAAAUGA